AGAAGCAAGAAAUAUAAUUUUUAUACCAAUUUUGUGUAAAAUAAAAUUAAAAAUGUCAAUCGGUGUAAAACUUAGGGAAAGUAUGAAAGUAAUUUUUUUAGGAGAAUGUAGUGUGGGUAAAAAAGCAAUAAUUACACGUUACAUGUAUGACAGUUUCGAUACCGCGUACAAGGCCACUGUGGGCAUUGAUUACUUAUCAAAAUUUCUGUACUUAGAAGAUCGUAAAAUACGUCUGCAAUUGUGGGAUACGGCUGGACAAGAACGUUUCCGUUCCAUAAUACCCUCCUACAUAAGGGAUUCGAAAGUGGCCGUGAUAGUAUACGAUGUUGCCAAAUCAAAAUCAUUCGAUCUGACAACCAAAUGGAUCGAAGAUGUACGCGCCGAACGUGGUAAUGAAAUCAUUAUAAUGUUAGUUGGUGAUAAAAGUGAUCUGCAUGACAAGCGACAGGUGUCGUCAGAAGAAGGAGCACGUAGAGCAGAAGAAUUAAAUGCCAUGUUCAUCGAAACAAGUGCAAAAAAUGGCAAAAAAAUUAAGGAAUUGUUUAUUCGUGUAAGCACUGCCAGAAAUCGAUUUGCCGAUGACUGCAACUGCAAACCAAACAUUUUCUGAUGAUAUUCCAAUUUCUUUAGUGCAUCAAGAAGAGAAUAAAGAAGAAAAUAUAAAGGAUAAUAAAAGC